AUGAAGAUGUACCACUAUCUCCGCCAAUGGGGGUUAGACGUUUCGAAGGGCCGUGCCUUCAUCCUCAGAACCAUCCGACAGACCAUCCGCUUCUCCUACUCGUCCAUUUGCAUCAAGGCAGGACACAAGCUCGCGACACAGCAUCGCGCGCGCGUCAUCGUCCAGAAGUCGGAAGUGACAUGGCUGGGGACCCACGCGUUUCACGCCGUCUUCUCCCGGAAGCCGCACGCAUACGCAGGUCUGCUCAAGUCACUUCAGUUCGACCUCUCGCUCCACAAGUAUCGACGCUUUAAGAAGCAAUUUCGAGAGGUCAUUGCAGAGGGACUCUCCCCGCUGACCUUGCUGUGCUUCUGA